AAUAAUUGUAGAAUUAAGUAAAAACAGGAGAGGUUUGGAUUGACCAUCAUCUGCUAUGGCUUCAUCUGCACAACAAGAGGCUGCUGGGAAAGGGAAAAGUAAGAUGUCCAAGCACAUAAAACAUGGGUACCAUCUCCUUGAGGGAAAGAUGGGCCAUGCCAUGGAAGAUUACGUUUUUGCCCAAUUUAAGGAAGUCGGCGACAACGAGCUCGGCCUCUUCGCCAUCUUCGACGGUCACUUGAGCCGCGAAGUCCCCAACUUUCUCCGUUCUCACUUGUUCGAUAACAUCCUCAACCAGCCGAACUUUUGGACUGAACCGGAGAGCGCGAUCCGAAGAGCGUACCGGAUAACCGAUUCAACAAUUUUGGAGAAAGCAUCGGAGCUGGGCAAAGGAGGGUCCACAGCUGUCACUGCAAUACUGAUCAAUGGCAAGAAGCUCGUCGUGGCUAACGUUGGAGACUCUCGGGCAGUCAUCUGCAAGAGUGGGACCGCCAAGCAACUCUCCGUGGAUCACGAGCCCCAAAGAGAGAAGAAGGUCAUUGAGGAUAGAGGCGGCUUCGUGUCCAACUUUCCAGGGGAUGUACCUAGAGUGGAUGGGCAGUUGGCGGUGGCAAGGGCAUUUGGCGACAAGAGCUUGAAGGAACACCUCAGUUCAGAACCGGACGUGGUGACGGAUGUCAUUGACGAAACCACCGAAUUUCUUAUCUUGGCUAGUGAUGGCAUAUGGAAGGUGAUGACGAACCAAGAUGCGGUUAACUGCAUUAGAGGAAUAUCUGAUCCCGUUUCAGCCGCGAAGCACCUUAACAAAGAGGCGGUGUCGAGGAAGAGUUCCGACGACAUUUCGUGCAUCGUUGUUAGGUUCAACUGAUCUUCUUGUUGAACACUGCACUGGAUUAUGU